UGCCACACAUACAGACCAGGACCUCUCGACUCAGCCAGGCACCAGGCACCCAGAAAGGAAAGAAAAUCCCUUGGUUCCAAAAUGGCGUCAGGAGAUACAAAGACAAGCCUCGAGAAUGCCUACCCCUCUACCAAGAGGCUGUCCCUGCAGGAGGAGGAGGGGGAGGCUGAGGACUACUGCACCCCUGGUGCCUUCGAGCUGGAGCGCCUCUUCUGGAAGGGCAGUCCCCAGUACACGCACGUCAACGAGGUCUGGCCCAGGCUCCACAUCGGUGAUGAGGCCACAGCACUGGACCGCUAUGGGCUGCAGAAAGCAGGCUUCACGCAUGUGCUGAACGCCGCGCACGGCCGCUGGAAUGUGAACACUGGGCCAGACUACUACCGCGACAUGGCCAUUGAGUACCACGGCGUCGAGGCCGACGACGUACCCAGCUUCGACCUCAGCAUCUUCUUCCACUCGGCUGCCGCCUUCAUCGAUUCGGCGCUCCGAGACGACCACAGUAAGAUCCUGGUUCACUGUGCCAUGGGCCGAAGCCGCUCAGCAACCCUGGUCCUGGCCUACCUGAUGAUCCACAAGAACAUGACCUUGGUGGAUGCCAUCCAACAAGUGGCUAAGAACCGCUGUGUUCUGCCCAACCGGGGCUUCCUGAAGCAGCUCCGGGAGCUGGACAAGCAGCUGGUGAAGCAGCGGCGACAGGCCGAGCCAGGGGACCGUGAGCUGGGGCGGUAGGGGGCCCUCGGAGAGAGGAUCAGAGACCCUGGCACCCAGAGCAGAAGGCUGAUGGGUGUCUUCGCGGAAGCUUUGUUGGUCGUGGAGAUGGGACACAGGGAAGAUGAGCAGCUGUCGCCUCCAAGUCCCGUUCUCCUCCUCAGGAACGGCCAGGACAACUGCAGGGGACUGGCUUCAGAUGAGGACCACUCUGUGGUCUCCUGUCCUUUAAGUUCGAAGUGAAC